CAUGUCCUAGCGCAUACUCUCCAGGUGCCCUACUACUUAGCUAUAUCCUCGGCCCUUUUUAAAAUUUUAUUUUGAGACAGGGUCUUAAACUUGUUAUCCUCCUGUCUCAGCCAUCAGAGUACCUGGGAAUACAGGUGUGCACUACCACACCCAGAAAAAAAGAGAUUCUUGGGCUGGAGUGUAGCUCAGUGGUAGAACACUUGCCUAGCAGGCAUGAGGUCCCAGGUCUUAACGCCAGUAUCACAAAAUGAAAAAAAACAAAACAAGAUGCUCUGUUGCACUACAGCUGAGUUUGCUCUGACUUUUCUCAAAAUGUAUGUAAACUUUUGGGGUUGGAGAAUAGCUUAUCAGAGUCAUUUUUGUGAUUUCCAUGUUUGUUCCAUUUUUAUUUUAUGGCCAGAUAUGCAAAGGUAUUGGAAAUUUAUGUUCUUCUAUCAAAAGACUGUUAUUUAUAUGUUAGAAGGGGAACCAUUUUUUAAGGGCCCUCUCCUUCUGUGUCCGUAUAAUUCCUUGUUACAGCACUCUAAUAGCAUGAGGCACAAUGAACAAAGCAAAUCACGUGGCCACACCUGAUUCCUAGGAAGGUAGAAAAUUGCCUUAUUUUUGUCUCCACGAAACAGAGCUGGAGCUGGGCGCCAUGGCACACACCUGUGAUCCCAAUGGCUCAGAAGGCUGAGGCAGGAGGAUAGAGAGUUGGAAGUCAGCCUCAGCAAAAGCGAGGUGCUCAGCAACUCAGUGAGACCCUGUUUCUAAACAAAAUACAAAAUAGGGCUGGAGGUAUGGCUCAGUGGUCAAAUACCCUUGGGUUCAAUCUCCAGUACCCUCCAAAACAAAAACUAAACAAACAACCCAGAACUGAUGAACUGCAUUAGUGAUCCCAUGGUUCUUUUUUGUGUUCACAGUGUGUUCAUAUCUCUCUUCCUACUGUAGGCAUAAUCACUCAACUCUCCCCAAGAACAUUUUCUGAAAUUACCUCAUUCAUUCACAACAUCAAGCUCAAAGCUCAGUAUCUCUGGGUGGUGUGCAAAAAGACCUUCCCUUAGUUCAGAUGUGGCACCUGUUGCUCUGAAGACUUCAGAACCAAACGGCUAAGAUAGCAGCAGUGGCAGCAGCAAUGUUUCACUUCUUCAGGAAGCCUUCAGAAUCUAAGAAACCCUCAGUUCCAGAGACAGAAGCAGAUGGAUUUGUCCUCUUAGGAGAUACAACAAAUGAACCAAGGGGUAAAGCUUCAGAAGUGGAAGGCAGCCAACCUUUGGAGACUGGCAAAGAAAACUCAUCCAGUGUGACUGUGGCAGGCCCUGAGACGGAAAAUAAGGCAGGCCAAACUCUGGAGAGCAGCUCACUAAUGGCGGAGCUCCUGAGCGACGUACCCUUCACCUUGGCCCCACAUGUGCUGGCAGUGCAGGGCACCAUCAGCGACCUUCCUGACCACUUACUCUCGUAUGAUGUCAGCGAAAACUUAUCACGAUUUUGGUAUGAUUUUACUCUUGAAAAUUCAGUGCUAUGUGAUUCGUAAUCUUCAUUUACAUCUUAACAGCUUUAAAAAAUUUUUGUAUAUUUAAUCUAUUUUAUGUUUUUUGCCGUUGCACUCUUUGAAGGCCUUCAGAAAAGCAAGGAUCGUAAACCAAAUAAAAUAGCAUCAUGUUCAUUGUUUUAUAUAUUAGAAUAAUGUACAUUUGUAUAAAAAUUGAAUUCCAGUUCUACUUACCUCUUCCCCCAUGUCAUAAAUACAAAACUGAAGCUAUCCAUUUUAUAAAAGAUUGCUUCAGUUGGCGUUUCAAAAUACAACACUGUGAAAAAGAACUCGGGCAUUUUUCUUGGCUACCACAACUCUGUAGUCUGAGUUGAAGAGAGAGUGUGAAGUCUCUUUGGUUCAGAAGAAGCUUGAGUUCAUAUUAUUCGCUUCUUCUUCCACAGUGUUUAUGAAUGAAUUCUGGGAGGGGAAAAAAGUUUGUUGUUAAUUUCUUCAUUCUUGGUUUAGACAAACUGAUGUGGGAAUGUAAAAGUGAUCAUUUGCUGAAUCAAGAAAAUGCUCUACCUUGAGUGGUACACUUCAGCUUUCUUAGACCUGCAACAGUCCUUUCUACCCCGAAUGAUUUCUUUGUUCUCAGCCUUUUCUGCUCUUCCAUGUGUGCUAUCCAACCAACUUUCCAAAGAACUUUUCCUGCUUCUGCCUCAGUUGGCAUUUGCUCUCCUUACACAUAUGUUCCCUGUGUAUGAAGAGAUCCACAUUUCCUUUUCAACAUCUCUGCCUCCUGAAGAACAUCUCAUGAUGGUAUUUAAUAUUGCUGAUAACUCGCUUAUUUAGAAAUUUGUUGGCCAUGAUACAGAUGGAAAUAUUUUACUAUUAUAAAUACUGAACUCAGUUCUUACACCUAGGUAUGAAUUUCAGUUCUUGGGUAUCUGUCAUUUAUUCCAACUAAAACUGAAGAGAACUGCCAUUUGUCGAUAAAACAUAAAGGGAAGAGGUUAAUUUGAUAGUGAAUCUUCUAUGCCAUGGAAAAUUUAGGUCACAUUUAUUUUUAUUAGUAGCAAUAUGAUUUAUUAAUUCUGUGCCAAACUAUUAAAUAUAUUUUUUCACAAAGAUGGAGUGCUGUAGCAAAACUAAAGGUACAUGAAUUAUUCAGAUUUUAAUGUGUUAUGCAUGUUUGUUUAAUAAAUGUGGCCUGGUCUUGAUAAAAUGCUAUAUUAUUUAAAGAACAUUUCUAUUAACAAAAAUGUGCUUCAUUUGCAAAUGUUACCAUGUGAAGUUAAUGAUUAAAUUAGAUAUUUACAUAGUUUUAUAAAACAUCAGUCUAAGAGAUAUAACUUAUUACUGACAUAAAUGUGAACAUUUUGUAGCACUUUUUUUAAAGGCAUAUCCUUUUUAAAUCUCCAUGUUAAUGUACUCUUAAAACUAAAUGUUAAUCAUGCAGUCAAUUAGUCUAAUAUAUGUGUUAACUCUUGUCUAAAAUAAUUAUACAUUUCACUUUAUUUAUGUCUACCAUGUAUGCUUUUAAUUACUUUCACUUGUCUAUGGAAUUGUUAUAUUUAAAUA